AUGAAACUCAAGUAUCUCAUCUCGGCCUUUGCUGUGGCUGCCGGCGUGGCUGCUCAGGUCGAGGACCUCGAGACAACGAAAGAUUUCCACCUCUACAUCACGGAGAGCUCCAACUCGUCGUUGGUCGGCUGGAACCUCUACGCCUGUCAUGUCGGGCCCCUGGCCAGGGUGUUGUGCAUCACGAAUGACGGCGUCACGGAACGCGCCAGCGCGUUUGCCCAUCAGCACAAAGCCGAGGAUGAAGACGAGAACGACGAGGAGGACAAGGGAGCCAUCGGUCCGCUGCUCUCCAAGGCGUACUACUUCGACCUUGAAACGGCCGAGUCCAAGUUCAUCUACCCUGUUGGCUUUGACGAAAACGACAACAUGUACCUGGCGGCCUAUGGCGACGGCAGCCACGAGGCGCCUGCCGAAAAGGUCACGCCAUGGGAACCGUCGCAUGCAAUGUACAAUUGGUAUGCCUGCCGUGACACACAUGUCAACAGCUACAGUUAUCAUGCCAUCAACUGGGCUCUGGUGCCUCCUCCAAAUGAGCCAGGCUGCGACUCUGUCACCAUCCAUCGGGUUUAUGAGUGA